GAGAAUUAGCGACAUAGAGAAAUGCUGGCAGGUAUGAAGUUAUCAACAACGGCGUCGAAUCCUGUAAUUUUUGGCCGGAAAUCUCCCGUCGUGUUUCACUUCUCCGGCAACCAUGUCAGACCGACUUUCCGUAGAGUUAACGUGAGUGGAUUUAAGGAGGCAGAUUCAAUUACGAACACUGGUUUUAGACGCUUUUCAUCAAUUCAAUUUAAUCGUCGCCAAAAUUUGUCUGGAGAAUUGGGGUUUUGUGGAAAGGGGUUAAGGAUAUUGGGUGAUAAUGGAUUUCGAGUUGCGUCUACCUCCAGCGGUGGUGGUUCUGGCAUAAAUGGUGGAUAUGGUGGUUCCGAUUCUGGUGGUUCUGGUGGAAGCGAUGGUGGCGGGGGUGGCAGUGGUGGCGGUGGCGGGGGCAAGAAAUGGACUUUUGUUUCAUGGUAUUUGAGUCUUCUCGAAGCAUAUCCCGUGUGGACAAAAGCGGUGACAUCGGCACUUUUGACGUUUGUUGGAGAUUUGAUAUGCCAGGUCGUGAUUGACAAAGCGCCGUCUGUGGAUCUGAAGCGGGUAUCUCUUUUCACGUUUCUAGGGCUGGUGUUGGUUGGGCCUACAUUGCACUUCUGGUACUUAUACCUGAGUAAAUUGGUGACGAUGACGGGAGCUUCCGGUGCUUUUCUCCGCCUCAUUGUUGAUCAGUUUCUAUUUGCACCUGCGUUUAUUGGAGUUUUCUUAUCGACGUUGGUAACAUUAGAAGGAAGGCCGUCCCAAGUUUUGCCGAAGCUUCAACAGGAGUGGUUGUCUUCUAUUAUUGCAAAUUGGCAGCUGUGGAUACCUUUCCAAUUUCUCAACUUCCGAUUCGUUCCCCAACAAUUUCAGGUUCUUGCGGCUAAUUUUAUCGCACUGGUGUGGAAUGUAAUUCUAUCGUAUAAAGCUCACAAGGAAGUAGUUGCGAAAUAGGUUUUAAGAGAACAUUUUGUAGAUUUCUCAUCGGGGGGGCAUGACUGACGUACUUUUACAAGGAGCGGCAUACAUGGAUCGUACAACCCUUUCAUAAAUGUAUCAAAUUUAUCGAGCUUUGUUUUUCUUAAAUUUAACGUGCGUCCAUUUUGUCUGCCUAUAGAACGUGCGUACAAGAUGCCUUGCAAGAGUUGCGUUUUUUCUUGUUGAAAUGUUCAUUUGUAAUGGUAAUUGGCAAGCACAACAACUUGCAACCAAAGUGGUGUUUUCACAACUUUUUGAUUAAUUGUAGUGUUAAUUGUAGCAUAUCUGUAUUCUUCUUUUC